CUUGUCUGUGGACUUUCACCUUAUCCAUCCAUACUCGCUUAUAAGCAACUACUUCCUCACCUCGUUGCCAAUCAUCGCUUCCUGCUAGUCAAGCUUCUUCAUUCGUUUGGUAUACGCUGCUUUCCGCACUCUGUCGCGACUGAUAAAGGACGAUUUGAAGUCCUUCCCCUAAGAUGGCACCCACACCCGUCACAAUCAUAACUGGCUUCCUGGGUGCUGGGAAAACAACUCUCAUCCUCAACCUUAUCCCCCAGCUGCCCAAAGACUACAAGCUCGCCCUCCUGAAGAAUGAAUUCGGCGAUGUUGCUGUCGACUCUCAACUUGCGGGCUCAGCCUCCAUAUCAGGCGUUCAGGAACUCCUCAACGGCUGCAUCUGUUGCAACCUGGUCGGUCAGCUCAGUGAUGCUCUUUUCCAACUUCGAGAUUCUGUACACCCGAGCAGAAUCAUCAUCGAGACGUCUGGCUCAGCAUUUCCUGCCACCCUAGCGAUGGAGGUCAAUCGGGUAGGCCGAGAACAUCCGGGCACAUUCUCGCUCGAUGGUGUCAUCAGCGUCAUCGACGUCGAGAACUGGCAGGGCUAUGAUGAUACGAGCUACACCGCAAAAAUGCAAGCCAAGUAUACCGACCUAAUUGUGUUCAACAAAUGGGAACUCGUCGAUGAACGAAAAUUUGAUGAUGCACUGGACCGUGUGGGCGAUCUCGAUGUCCAGGUCGCGUGGGUGAAGAGUGACAAAGGUUGGGUCGACGUUGAGCUCAUCAUGGGCAUUGACGGCGCUAUGGUGCGUGCACAAGGAUUACGCGGAGCCAUCGAGAUCAACGAAGAACACGCCCACGACCAUCUUGACAGCCAUGAACAUCCACACACGCAUCACCAAGAAGAAGUCGAGGUCCUCAGUGUCGUAUUGCACAAUCAAGACACGUCAAAGCCUCCACAGGGUGUCGUGCUCGAUUCAUUCGAAGACUUGCUCCUGUCAGCGCCGAAAGACGAGGUCUACCGCAUCAAAGGACUUGUGCUGUCGUCAAAACCACCACCUGACUCCACCGGUGAGCAGAAGCCAGGCAUUGCCGUGGACACAGAGGGCCAGAGCUUGUACGUUUUGAACUGGGCUUUCGGACGAUGGACAUAUACCCCUCUUCCGGGUGCGGCCUUCAAAGCUAUGGAGUCAGCAAGUGCAAGACUCACCUUCAUUCUGGCCAGAGGAGAAUCUACUAGGUGGAUACGGCGGCUGGAGAAAGGGGAUUUUAUUGCUCUCGAAGGAGAGGAUGGUAAAAAGGAGAAAGGCGUGCUGAAAAUCGAAAAGAUUGGCUGACUGAGGUCUCCACAUUACCUCGCCCUCUGCACACGAAGACAGUGUGGAAGGACGACCAUUCCUUCUAGUGCUUUGUAUGCUGCCUGCAGCCCAAUGGCUCAUCCUUGCUGGCGAAAGAGUUGGGGAGGCGUUUGGCUGAUCCAGGCAGCUUGCACUUUGCGGCAACUAGAGGAAGUCCUCGACCUCGAAUCAGGCCGAAGCCGCAUCCCAACCAUGGUCCUUACCCACUGACGAACAAUGAGCAAGUCCGGUGGCGGAACUGACUAUUGACAGGAGCUCAACCAGGCUGGGCACAGUCGAAAUGGGGCCCGGACGACUUGUAAAUGCUAACGACAACAAUGGAGGCUGAGAGAGGGGAUACCGUACAAGGCUCGGUGCUGAAACAUGAAGAUCAGGCUAUGCUCUCACCAAAGCUACGGCCAACAUUAAGUGGCAGUUGAGUGGCAGCUUACAGCAGGUCUACUGCAGUAAAAGUCAUUCUGCGGCGUCUUGGAACCCUUGUUCUUUUUUCUUCCCGGUUGAAAGUAGCCUGUCUUGAAGAUGAUUUCAUAGGUGCGGCGCGUUUCAUCUACUGCGGCCAAGACGAGGUAAAUCGACACCCAGCUCUGAAUAGGACGGCAUCAAUAAGAAGGGAAAAGGGAUUGGUGGCUACAAUAGCACAUUGAUUGU